AUGACCACCCAAUUAUCUACGGCAGCAAUUGCUAUAUUCUUCAAAAGCUACAACUCUCCAUAUUACACUUACGACCCUACACUCGCGGUCGAUGAUGAAUUUUUACGACUACAGCACGAACAGCAGUGGGGACCCGAGGAGGUGCAGGAGCAUCGCCGUCUUCUCUACCGUGCCGUUCAAUUGGCGCAUUUCUUCUGGAAGCACGAAUGGGGAGGCUAUGCCUUCCGAGAGGACGCAGAAUAUGAUCACGAAUUCUGGCGACUAUGCGAGAAGAAGAGGUGGGAUGAGGGACGGAUUAGUAGGGCUGUUGAUGAAUUUCUAAAGCUCAGCGGUGGCUCAGUCGAAUCUCUCACGGCCGCCGGGCACACGAUGCCCGAGGAGACGGCACCCGAAGAGGAAGCCGAAGCGAUACCGGAACAGGAACCAGAGACAACGUUCACAGAACAAGAGGACGCCGAAACAGUACACCCGGAAGAUCCCGAAGCCCCUGGGGUGCAGAGUGCCAUCGCCGUGUUUUUCGUUGGCCAUAGCUGUCCCGGUUACACCUAUGCCGGCCGAUCCCCCAGGACCGAGUUCCGGAAUCUAAUCGGGGCCAGAAGGCGAGCCUGGCGAGCCCAUGAUCCUGACGGAACGUUUAAUCAAGAUUUUCAAGAAACGGAGGAGUUCAGAACGCUUGAUAGGGAUUAUCACGAAGCGGUAGAAGAGCGCUUCGACGGGCUGUUGGGCAUGAGGGGUAUAGUUGCAGGGGGGUACGCGAUGAGGCCGUGGGAGUCCAUCCUGGAGUUGUUCCGGUUGGGAGAUAUUCCUAUUUCAAAGAAUAAAGCUUCAAAGCUCAUCAAACGAAUAUACGUAAACAUCUACGACUUUUUAGAGUUUCUUGAAGAGUCCAACGAUAGCUCUACGGCUGAAUGGCACAUCACCGGGGACGAGGAAUACGAGAGAGCGUGCCUGCUGCGCCAUCGCAGCCGCGGGGAACUCGCGCAGUACUCUCGCAACAACGGCAAGGUGUAUCCGCUGAAAAUGGCGAAAGAGGAUGGGACGUUGGCGCUGUUUUUGCAGCCCCUAUGGGAGCGUGCGGUGCUUGGUUGGGCCUUGCAGUUUGGUGAAGGAUUAGAUUGUCAGAAGGGGGAGAGGGUUAGAGGCCAAAGAAUGCUAGGGACCCAGGAGCAGGAUAGCCAUCAUACCUACCAGGACUCCGAGUGA